AUAAUUGUGUCUCUCUGAGUAAUUUUGUUAUAUUUUGUACAAUAUGUUGUAAUGAUUAACGUAAAUCAAUUAUUUGCGUGUUUUUGUGGAAAAGCCAAAAAAUUCCCAUCAUUACAAAACUCAAGUCUAUAUCAACGAAGAACCUCUGCCAAUCCCUGGGUGCUCCCCAUUAAAGUAAUCAAACUUUUCGUCCUGGGCAUAGCCGUGCCAUGUCUGUUGAUCAGUAUACCACUGUAUUUGAGAUACCGCGUUUACAACAACCAGUUAUAUCCUCUGGCCAUGUCAGACAUGAGGAUGAUUGAUAACAAGGUAUCGACAACUUGGUGUCAGAAACAACGUGUUACAGUUAACACCACUUUUAAUGCUUUUUUGUUAUCCAACAUUCCUCAAUUAUCCACGGAAAGAAAACCUCUGACUAUGGUACGCGAGCUGAUGCUGGAAGACGACACCAAGGAGUAUUGGGGUUUCUAUUUGCUGAAAGGGACUUCCGUUACAGUAUCAACAUGUGUAAGAUGGCCUGGCGCGUCCCUCAUCAUGAUCAGAGGCCACAAACAUCUGCACGAAUGCGCCUACAUCGGAGACAACUCAUCCGAGGAGUUGGAGGAACAAAUGGCGGCGAUAAGAGAGAACGUAUACUUCGAAUCAGAUGAAAGAAAAGUCGAUCAACCGGCCAAUAAUCCGGAAAACAUGAGGCGACACGAACCCGGCGUCCAGUUUCACAGUCCUUUGCAUCAGAAUAGUACUCAGAAAGAGCCGGGGCAGAACUUGGAUAUUUCUGAGAUCACGGAUAUGAAAGAUAUGAAUAAAAUUCUGCAAGCGCUUCGAGAAAGAACUAACGCUUACAAAAGUAAACACUUCCAAAGAAACAACCACGUACAUCGCAAUACCUCUAUAGCUCUAGGAGAAAAAAGAAAUUUCAAAAUCGAUACACCGAAAACGCAAACGUCUUCAGAAGAAGCUUUGGGCGACAUAUUGGAAACGCUGAGAAAGAUGGGACACAAAGGUUCGAAAGUUCUGGAACAAGUAAACGAGAAAUAUAAGGAUAACAAGAAUAACAUUUCGAAAGAUGCAGUCUUAGAUAUCAAAGCCAGACAUUAUUCCAAACCUGCUGUGGCCUUUGGUGAUGAAAUAGAUCAGCUUAGACGCAGAAAAAGAGAUUUGAUACUGGCUACUGCUCUGGCUAAUAACGAAGACGAUGAGGAGAAUGAUUUGGCUAUUGAAGAGGUAAGUAAAUGGAAUAGGAGGACAUCAGACCACUUAACAUAUUAUAAUAGAGUUCUUCGGUUGGGAGACGUUGAAGGAGUAUCUGGAGACUCGAAGACGAAGAUGAGGAGCUAAAGGAGUAACGUAGGUCCAGGAUAGAUGUUAAAUAAGCUUCUAGAGACUCAUAGAUGUGUUAAAGAAGCAAUGUAGAACCAUCGAGGUCUUUUAUGACAGACAACUCGACGAAGAGGAAACAGAGAUGUAAUGCAAAGUAUCAUUGUCAAAAGUAUAUCAGCGUAUUAUCUUCGUUAUUACUAGGUCGAUUUGAAAGGGACAAAACGGCAUUCAAUGUAAAAUGUCAUUUAGUUGUCAUUUACAAUAAAAAACAUGCGCAGUAUAAUUACUAAAAGGGCCUAAGUUUAUAUAGGUUUAGAUCCUUUUGGCAAUGCUACUGCCAAUAGCACCUCUGCCUCCCACUCGUCGAGUUCUUCGUCUUGACAGAAAUUAAAGGUUCUGCGUUUUCUUCAGCUCCUCUGCUUUGUGUCUCCAGAUGCAUCCUUAAGGUUUUCUAACCGAAUAAAUUGAUGGAUAUAUAACCAAAGUGGUAUAAUGCUCUCCUAUUCCGUCCACCGGGGGCUUCCAUCCCGAUGGUAUCGCCGACCACAGAGGAACUUUCAACGAGACAUCAUUAAACGACAUGAGUAACAGCGAAUUUUGGUCGUCUUUCUCUAGCUCAGAAGAAGCUCUGUUGAAUUGCGCAGGUUUGAUACUGAGCCUGCCCUUGAUGCCGCACAGAAAAUGCGUUCAAGAUAUCACGGACGAAGAGAGUUAUCGGGAUAACACAAUCACUUACAAAGUACCAGUAAACGGAUACUACUUCUUCGUGUUCAACAGCGAAAACGAAGUCCAAACGAACUUCGUCCGUGUCCAGUUCGAUAUCGAGAAGACCGUCUACAACGUGUCCAAUCCGGUUGCAGAGUGCGUCAAUACGUCUGAUAGUUGCGUAAUAGAUUUGGACUUCUUUUCCUCGGAGAAAUUGGUCUUGGAGUUGCCUGUGGUACAAAACGAGUCGUUGUGGAACGAGGAAUACGUGGUUGUGUCGGAAUGCGAACCCAGGACGGCGGUUUACGCGGUUUUUGUUGUGUUGGUACCCGUUUUGGUAGUGUUUUUUGCGUUUGCUUGAAACUAAAUUGUUUAUUAUUUUUAACCUCUCUUUAGAGGUUUUGAUACUGUGAUGUUAGAAAAUGUUAUAACUAAAGUAGACAAUUGCUAUUUUUUUGGUAAAAAACAAUGAACUGGAGUGGGGUAGAAUGCUUGUCAAUAGACUUGAGAUGCGACUCUAUAGACGCAGACAGGUUAUUUUUCAUUUCACUCGGGAGUAUUUAUAAUUACUAUUUUCUAUUUCACAUUGUUAUUGUCUGAUCCACCAGCUUGUGGACUGGACAAUAACAAUGUGAAACAAAAAUGGUUUUAUUAUAAAUAAUCUCGAGUGAGAUGAACAAUGAAAAUGGCUGCGCCCAUAGAGUCGCACCUAGUUCUAUUAAUACAACAUCAUGCAUAUUGGCAUUCUACCCCCUUCAGUUCAUUGGUAAAAAACCGAAGGU